UUAUCCCGAUUCAGUUAAACCACUGACACGAAGCACUCUUUGCAAAAAUUGCGAUCUUGAAUCUAGCGAUGGAGUCUUUGCUAGGGUUUAAAGAGUCGAACUCUAACGGCGCCGACGAACAAAAGCCGCAGGAAUUGAAGUUGGUGCCGUGGUUAAGCUGGGAAGAGUGGAGCUCCGUCGGAGAUUCCCUUUUCUCUUCUUCUCCGCUUUUGGUCGAUUCUGCUCUUCAGAGGAUUUCGACUUGGAGGACCAGAGGGUGCAUUCCCAUAGCCAUUAAUGUUACAGCUUCCGUUAUCGAAGUUCAGCAAAAAGAUCCCUUUUUCAGAGAUGAUAUACCAACUAGUGUUCAGUUGUCAGAAGAGAUGUUGGCUAUGCUAUAUUCUAUGGCAGUUACCAGGUUAGUAAAUGGAGUUAUUGAGAAGCACCGCAAGAAGAGCUAUGCUUCAAUAGCUGAGGCAGCUGAGGAACUUGGCCUCCACCGUAUGGUGAUUGAUGUCCGACAUGAGGGUUCUCAUCGUGGCCUUCCUUCGCUUAAAUAUGCCCGCCUUGCCUCAACAAAGGCACUUGAAUGGUUGCAAUCAAAUUACUGGAAGCCUCAAAAGGAUGCUAUUCAGCAGGACCAGACCACCAUAUUUCAAAAAGAAACAAGGGACAGAUUACAUGAAUUGGCUUGUUGUUUGAAAGAAAAGGCGAAUGCCACAUCAAGUCCUUUUCCCAAGGAAAAGCGUCCGAAGAAAAAAGUUACCAGGUCAUUGAAAAAUGUUCUUCGGCUGUAUUCUUCGUCCUCUACUGAAGUGGUGUCCGUACUUUUGGAAAUGUUGGUCAAUGCUUUGGAUUCCUCACAAUCAGUAGAUGGGUCAGAGUAUGCCAAAACACUGCAUGGAUCCCUUCAUGUGGAUGCUGUAUUUGACUACUGGAAACCAGUCAUCACAAAAUUAUCAAAUAAAGCGUCAGACUUUCUUUUUGUGCUUCUUAGAGGAAUCCUUGAUAAAAUUGAGACACUUGCAGCCAUGGAAUCUCAGAUUGGUUACUUCCAGUCUUUUGAUAAUGGACCCGUCUCUCGCCAAAUUCAACUGCUUUCUUGCCUGUUUGAAUGGUUAGCUGUGAAUAUAAACCAGGCCGCAUCAGAAACCGAAAACUCCUCAGAGGAUCUAACCCUGCAAAAGGCGACCCUACCGACAAUUUUAAGCAAAUGCCUUAUGGUUUCCUCUCAUGGAAACAAGCAUCUGAUGGCUUCAUCUGUGGUCAUAGCAAGUCUGAUAGGAAAUAUCCCUUUGCGCGAUAAGCUGAAAAAACUCUUUCUGCUGAGUGUAUUUGAAGAAACAGACCUGCCUAAUGCACAUCCUGCAGAGAUCUUCCUUUCAAAGCAAGAAGAGCUUCUUCGUCAGGCUGCCAAGAAGUUUGAGCUCAUCAAACUCCGAUCACCAAAGGGCAAAAAGGUAAAUGAAAUUCCAAACAAUGCGGGUCCCGGGAAACGACGAUGGGUUGUUGCUGAUUCUUGGAGACAAUGUCCCAUAGGCAUGUUGCCUCAUGCUUUCUCUUCUUCGGGCCGUCUUCCUGUUCUUGAUUAUGAAGAUUCAGAAGUGUCUAUCCCAGACACUAAUAGCCGCAAGAGGGUGGCAGAUUCUGCUAUCGAAUGUUUAGACAAUUCCACUCGUAAGAAAACGAGGGAAGCUGAGACAGAGAAGGAAGAGAGAGAACAGAGCUACGACGACAGUGAGAAGAAUAUGUCUUAUUUGGGCGUCAAAGGAUGUCUGAUGAUUGGAGGAGAGUGGAAGAAAGUCAGUGCAGAUGAGUUGCUAGCCAUUACUUCGUCUGUGAGGUUAUUGGCUUAGUGUCUGUUUGGCAAACAACUUCAACAUUUGGCUUUAGCAUUUUGAAAACGCUAUCUACUGGCAGUGAUCGGUUUAACGUUUUCAAAGUUAAUCCGUACCUAAUCGCUGCUUGCAAAGCUUUUUUGUUAAGUUUAACCAGCUACCCGCCACAUGUGACGCGUGAGGACAAAUCAGACAAGAAAGGUAAAGACGCACAAGAAAAAAAAACACAAUUUUGUUGUAGGCCUCCUCCCUGUGUUUCCAAAGAUUUCAAGACUACACGAGAUUCCAAGUAGGGGUAAGGUGUGCGCACACAUACCCUCUCUGGACUCUCUUUUUUGUCAGAUUUUACUGAGUUUGUUGUUGUACAAGGGAUUUUUUCCCAAAUGACUUUAUUAUAGAAGAAGAGUGGAAGGAUGCACGCCACUAUCCAUGUUUGAUUGGUCAUUCUUUAGUUUUGGUCCUAAGAAAUUUAUACAUUGGCU